AUUUAAGUGGGUUUCAACACACCGCACUUAUGCUUGUAUGGUUUAUGGUGCCGUUGUGGUCUGCUAGCACUGUGCUUCGAAAGUGACCUUCCGCAAAGCCGCUGUCAGUUGGUUGAUUUUUGUAUAUCGGAAAGUUAUUUGCUGCGUUUACAAAGUGCAAGUUCGCAGCGAAUACACCGGAAACAAUGUUCCAGGGGGCCCGCGCCAUCGUGACCAGGGCACUGGUACUUCAAGCGGGGCGCCAAGCCUCAACUUCUUCCGGAAACAGCCGUCGGAUGGUGUACCCCUAUACGUGGACGGCUAAGAUCUCCCAAUUCCCGUAUAAAUUCCAUUACGACAACAUAUGGUUCUUCCGAUAUUUCAUAUUGGGGUACUUGGCCAGCGUGUACGUCUACUGGAGGAUUCAAAGGUUAGCUUGUUCGCCUGCAAACUACAAGGCCUGGAUGGCAAGGAGGGAGAAGGAAGCUGCUGAACAUGCUGAACAUCAUCACUAAUGAAGAGCCGGCAAAAAUCAGCAAUUACACCUAGCUAUCAUAGCAAUUUAAUCUAAUAUUUGGAUUUGGUACGGAUCAAUACUUAUAAAUCUGAUUGGCAAGGCACGGCCUACAAUAUGAAAAAUCUAUCGAAUUAUCAUUUUAGCGUUAACAAAAACUAUAUAAGAGAAGAAAUGUAUCUGUAUUCUAGCCAACGAAAUAUAUAAAUGAAGUGGAAUCGUGUUUAACCAGUGCUGUGUGUAUUUCAUGACGUGAACUGAGAAAUAUACGAUUUUGUAUUUUCAGACUCCCAGUUUGUAAUUAUACAGAAGAACAGAGGUAAUUGA